AGUACACACUUAUCAAGAUUCAAUACAAAUGUCUUUAUCGAAAUUUGAACCAAAUGAUGACAUACUUGAUUUUGUAAUCAAGAAAGCAAAUGGACUAAAAGGCCUAGUAGACACAAACCUUGAAGUUAUACCAAGUCAAUGCAUUCAACCAAAAGAACAAAGGCUAGACAAAUCUCAAACUGAUAAUCAAGAAUCAAUCCCCACAAUUGAUUUAUCAAAUUUUGAUGAUUUAAGUGUUGAAAAAUCGAUUCAAGAAGCAGCAAGCAAGUGGGGUUUCUUUCAAAUCAUCAAUCAUGGCAUCCCAAUCGAAGUUCUUGAUGAUUUAAAGGAAGCAGGACACAAGUUCUUUGAAUUGCCAGCUGAAGAAAAAGUUAAGUAUAGUACAGAAAGCUAUAGCGCUGGUGAAUCUGUGUUGAUGUUUUGGAGUGCUAUUGGUGAGAAAGAUGAGAAAGUCUUGGAGUGGAGGGAUACUAUAAGACAGGGAUGUAAUCCACAAAAUGAUAGCAAUCUUUGGCCUUCUCAAACAAGGAACCAAGUCUUGGAGUAUCAAAAGUGGGCUACACCACUUGCUAAAAAAUUGCUUGAGGUGUUAUUGAAGGGUCUCGAUGUCAAUGAAAUCGAUGAAUCAUUAGAACCUCUCUUGAUGGGAACUAAGGCUAUCAACAUAAACUACUAUCCACCAUGCCCAAAUCCAAGUAUCGCCAUUGGUAUUCGUCGACACUGCGACGUGUCCUGCAUCACUCUGCUCCUCCAGGACGACACAGGAGGCCUAUAUGUCCGAGGGACUAAAGGCGAUAACUGGAUCCACGUAAAUCCUAUCAAAGGUGCCUUAGAGGUUAACAUAGGUAACUCGUUGCAAAUCAUGAGCAACGAUCGAUACAAAAGUAUCGAGCAUUGUGUAUCAGUUGAUUCUAACAGGGGUCGAAUAUCUGUACCGCUAUUUUUGAAUCCCAGUCUUGACAGUGUCAUCGGUCCAUUCCCACAAAUGCUAAAAGAUGGAGAAAAAUUAGUAUACAAACAUGUUUUAUACUCUGAUUAUUGGGAUCAUUAUUUCACUAAGAGGCCUUCUGGUAAAGCAUCACUAGAUUUUGCUAAAAUUUGAUGUUUUAAUCUACAAAUUUUCUUGUUAUUUAAAUCUUAUUAUAUUUUCAAAUUUGUUAUUAUGUAAUGACAAAUAGUGUAUGUUUACAU